AUGAGUUAUCACCACGAUGAAGAAGGCGGCCGGACCGGCCGCCAUAUGAGCGUGUCUCACUAUGCAGAGAACCAGGGAGCAUCCCAUCUUGAUGCCACACGACGAAGGUCAUCCAUUGUCCCGGCUGACGUUGCUGGAGCCACACAGGGACAGGCUGUCUUCAACCAGAAGGAUGACACUCUUCGCAAGAUGUCCGUUGCGGUCCCAAAUCUGGCCGAGCUCACCGCGGAUGCCCAGAAUGCUGUUGAGUUCGAGCACAAGAUGACCUUCCGCGAAGGUUGCAGACUCUAUCCAAAAGCCAUCAUGUUCUCCUUCGCCAUUUCGCUUGCUGUCAUCAUGGAAGGCUACGACACCUACCUACUGGGCAAUUUCUUCGGCAAUCCUGCUUUCCAGAAGAAAUAUGGCUCCUACGCAGGGCUCAAGGAUAAUGCUCCGUCAUACCAGCUGACCGCUACUUGGCAAUCCGCUCUCUCAAACGGUACUGCUGCUGCUCAAAUUAUUGGUCUCUUCCUGAACGGUAUCAUCUCUGAAAGGAUUGGAUACCGCUGGACUAUGAUCGGAUCUCUGAUGUUCAUCACGGGCACCAUUUUCAUUACUUUUUUUGCGGUCAACGUCAAGAUGCUGCUUGCUGGCUAUGUUCUCUCUGGCCUCCCUUGGGGUGUUUUCCAGACUCUAACCACCACAUACGCCGCUGAAGUCACCCCAGUACAACUUCGACCCUACUUGACAACUUACGUCAACCUUUGUUGGGUUAUCGGCCAGCUCAUCGCCGCUGGUAUCCUGAAAGGGUUCGUAAGCAAUACAACCGAAUGGGCGUAUCGUAUUCCGUAUGCCAUUCAAUGGAUCUGGCCACUCCCAAUCGCUACUGCUGCAUUCUUUGCCCCCGAGUCGCCGUGGUGGUUGGUCCGCCAUGGAAAGCUUGACGAAGCUCGUAGGGCCCUGUUGAAGUUGACCUCCAAGAAGAACGCCGCAUUCAAUGUGGAAGAUACUCUCGCCAUGAUGAUUCACACCAACGAGCUUGAAAUUCAGCAGACAGCCGGUACCUCCUACCUUGACUGCUUCAAGGGCAUCGACCUCCGCCGUACCGAAGUGACUUGUGUGACUUGGCUCAUCCAGCAAACAUCGGGCUCUCCGAUGAUCGGCUGGGGCACGUACUUUAUGCAACAGGCUGGUCUCAGUGAUUCGAAUGCUUACUCCCUCGGCGUCGGUCAGAGCGCGAUGGGCUUCUGUGGCACAGUGUUGUCCUGGUUUUUGAUGCCACAUUUCGGCCGACGCGAUUUAUACAUCUGGGGUCAGGUUGCCAUGUUCGUCAUUCUCAUGGUCAUUGGUGGCCUGGGUGUACCGGCUCCAGCCAUUUCCCUCAGUUGGGCGACUGGUGCUCUGAUCCUCAUUCUGACCUUCGUCUACGACUUCACCGUGGGCCCAGUCUGCUACUCACUCGUUGCCGAGCUGCCGUCCACCCGACUUCGUAUCAAGACCGUUGUCCUGUCACGAAACGUCUACAAUGCCAUGGGCAUCGUCAUCGGUACCCUUCAACCCCGCAUGAUGAAUCCGACCGCGUGGAACUGGCGUGGAAAGACCUGCUUCUUCUGGGGGGGUCUCAAUGCUCUGGGAUUGAUUUGGACGUAUUUCCGUCUUCCGGAACCAAAGGGACUCACCUAUGCCGAACUCGAUGUCUUGUUUGAGAACAAGGUCUCCGCACGCAAAUUCAAGUCGGUCAAGGUCGACCCCUUCCGCUCCGACAACCUCGUCAUUGUCCCCGAGAACGGAAAUUCCGAAAUACUCGAGAAGCAAGGUUUCUGA